GGAAAUGACAGGAAAUAACAGCAGUAGUGGUGUUUACAGUGUGAAUGAGAGUAGAGACGCGGUUCUGGAGCUUUUCUGCUGUAGCGGCGGGCUGUACUGAGACCUGCCGCCGCUGCAGCUCCGCGGUCGGGGCUCAUGGAGCCGCUGUGAGCCGGACUGGAGCGACAGACCUGCAGCUGCUGCCCAGAGGAAGCGCGGAGAGCCCGGGGCAGAUGAUCCACUGAUCUUAGUGCCAGUACCUCACCAUGUACUGCUGCCAGAGUUCUACUGAAAUGUCCACUUGUUCCAGCAGCAGCAUUACAGAGCUCCUAGGGGCACUGUGUGAUUGCAGCCUGUCUGGAGUAUCAUGGAAGCGCCACUCUAUGGGCAGCGUCUCGAGGGAGGCGUUCCGCCGCACCCUCCGUAAAAGAGCCUACGGGGCACUGCUGUCCAAACUCUUCCAGGAUGGCUCUUCCAAAUCCAGCCUGACAGCAAACGCUUUGGCCAGCACUCCCGCCUACAACAAGAUGCUGAUGAUCUCUUUCGACCUGCGUGUCUCUGGCCACACUGAGGAAGCGGAGAGGCUUGAGGGCCUCCUGGCGCAGCUCCGUGAAGUGGCCCUCUCGUCUGGCCUGUCCGAGGUGGACUCAGUCCUGGAGUUCCUGGUGCAGUUAGCCGGUUCAGUUCCUCCUCCAGCACUAUCCUUCAGCAGAGACUACAUGCGGCGGGACCGGCCGGUGCUCCGCAGACCACCGCUGGGGGGUUAUCUCAGUCAGGAGAUGCAGAAACUGGAGAGCAGGGCGUGGGCUCUGGUGUGUGAGGAGGAGUGGGGGGCAUUUGGGGGUAUGUGUAGGACCCUAAGCCUAAUGGAUGCUCUACCUGGAACCGGUCUUCCAGGCCUGGGCAGGAGAGUGGAGGUGGAGGAGAGAUUUGAGAGGGACACCAGGCUGUCCUUGUUUGGAGCCCUGCAGCACUUCAGAACAGCAGAUCUAGACAUCCGGCUGGACCUGCCACCGGUGCCCAGCAACGCAGAGGUCACUGGCCUCACUAUUCGGGUUCCUCCAUGUUUGGAUCAGUCAGAGGAUGAAGGCUUCCAGUCUUCCUCCAACCUGACUCCAGACUCUCAGUCCGAACCCAGCCCCAGACCUGAGAUAGAUGUUUGGGAGGCCCUGCGCACCUAUGUGCCCUCCAGACGCCGUUGCUGGGAAAAUGUGGGCUGCCCCCCAGGUCAGAAGGAGCCUCCGUAUCUGACUGAGGCGGGCCGGGAAGCGUUUGAUCAGCUGUACAGGCUGUGGGAGGGGGAAAUAAGGAAUAUGCUUUCCUCUGAGACUCCUUCUCCUCUGCUCCCUCUGCCUCUGGACUGCCAGACUCAGCUAGUUAAAGACCUGCUUAAUGUGCUGAUCGGGGUGGCCUCUGCUACUUUCCCCCUCAAUGAGACGAGUGUGCAGUUUGAUGUCCGUCCAGAUGUGUGUGUGUCUGGAACGUCCCCGGAGAGUGUGUCGCGUCUGUUAGGGGAGCUGGCGCAGUAUGGCACACAUUACCUUCGUCUGAGCCGUUUCUCUCUGGGCACUGCAGAUAAGAAGGGGCUGGUGUUUCAGGCCUUUACAGGUGGUCUGAGACGCUAUCUGCACUACUACAGAGCUUGUGUACUCAGCACACCUGACUCACUCAGUCUGCUUACCAUCGGCUUUCAUUUCCGCAAACUGGGACGCCAGCUCAGGUACCUGUCGGAGCUGUGUUGCGUGGAUGGAGCUGCAGGUGCGAGUCAGUCUGCCUUCCCCGUGGGCGUGAAGCUUCUCUCCUACCUGUAUAAUGAAGCACAGAGCAACUGCAGUAAUGAGAAUUAUCCUGUGCUGCUGUCUCUGCUGAAGAGCAGCUGUGAGCCCUACACACGGUUUGUGUCAGACUGGGUGUAUAGCGGAGUCUUCAGGGAUGUGUAUAAAGAGUUCAUGAUCCAGGUGAAUGAGGACUACCUCAGCUACAGGGAUAAACAUUUCUGGGUACAGGGCUACACUCUGAUCUCGCGGGAUGCCGAGGACUGCGUGCCUGUUUUCCUCCGACACAUCGCUAAUGAUGUUUACGUCUGCGGAAAGACCAUCAACCUGCUCAAGAUCUGCUGCCCCCAGCACUACAUCUUCUGGUCAGAGUUGCCUGUGCCGCGGAUCGCUGUAACGUUCUCUCUGCGGGAGGUGGAGGAGAUUGAGAGAGACUGUGCUGUGUACCGAGCUCGCAUGGAGACCAUUGCCAAACACAGCGCUGUUAGCAGAGAGGAGCAGGCAUUUCGUACUGAGUUGGCACGCCAAGAGCUCAUCAAUCAGGUCAGAGAGUCCGCAGCCAAGACGCUGGAGAGCAUCCGAGGUCGCCAGGUGUCACAGCGUUUGGCUGAGGAGGUGAAAAAAAGAGAACGCUUUGAGGAGUUGAGGCAGCAGCUGGAGCUCGACCAAGAGUGGCGCAGUGCUGCCAACAGAAAGGAGCAGGAGGAUGACUUCAGCUUUGCUCGUGAGCUUCGAGACAGAGAACAGAGGCUGCAGGCUCUCGAGGAGCAACUGGAGCGCAGGGCACGGAUGGACUUGAUAGCACAGUACAGUCGUCUGUCUGAAGAGGCUGCUAAGAGAGAGAGGAGGGCUAUGUGGAAGGUUCAGAGGAUGAGGCUGGAUGAAGCCAGAGUCAACUUUUUACAGCAAGACCAACAGGCUGUACAGGAUUUACUUGAAAAGUAUCCUUUAGGGCAGGACUGUCCGGCACCGGAACCUGUUUGUAGAAAGGCGCCACAUCAGCAUGAGCAGGAACUCCAUCCAUCUGAACCCCAAGUGAAAAGCCUUAAUGAAGCACAGGAGCUUAAUAUCAGCUCAGAGUCAACCCCACCUCCUCCCUGCCCCUCGUCCUCACUCCCUGCACCUGCCUCCUCCUCCUCCACCACCACGGCUACUACUGAUGCGCUGAUCUCUGACGAGAUAGACAUUGCUGACUUCCUUCCGAAGCCUCCACGUGUCCCGAACAGUAAGGCCAUUACACAGGCCCUGCAGGACAUCGGCUCUGACCUCCCACAACCCACAGUUAACCCUGCUCCCCUGCUGCAGGAUUCAGACUAUGACUUCUCCUCCCCCUACAGCCCCCUUGAGUACAUUAAUCCCUGCCCUCGUCCUGCCCAUCCCGCCCUGUCCCAUAUUGGGUUUGGAGGACGUGUGUCUGAAGGCCAAAAUUCUACGCCAUCAGGAGAGCCCAGGGCAAGGGAACGUGGCUGCCUCUCACAGGGCUCACUGCAGCUGGAGAACAGCGGGGCCUCAGGGCACAGAAACCACGGCGUCCUGUCACAAAGCAGCCUGACUGAAGCAAAGCCAGCGGGAGUGGCACAACAGCUAAACGUGGCCGCCAACCAGAGUCAGGAGACAGAUGGACGGCCCAAGGAAAGGAACUUGGACGGAGAAGGGAGGGAGCCUUCGGCAUGUAGCGCACAUUCAGAGCCAAAACAAGCAACAGAUGACACAGCAGAGGAGGCCAAUGUGAGCGAGCAGCUUGCUCAGCCCACUCACAUGACAGCUGAGGAAGCUCCAACUGAGUGUCCUCUUGUCGAUGUCGGCAACCGAGACUCCAGCGCCCAAAGCAAAGAUAAGAACAGCGUCUCGGAGGGAACUAGUGUUCCUCCUACCGCUUCUGGUUUAGGCCACGCCUUUGAUGCCCAUAUAAGGAUUGGUGAACUUGUGUCUGAGGUAAUUGCACCUACCCCCGCCCCUAAUAUACACGGACACGCCUCUGAUGCCCAUAUUAGAAUUGGUGAACUUGUUUCUGAGGUUACAGCUCCUCCCCUUUUACCUAGCCAUUACGGACACGCCUCUGACGCCCAUAUUAGGAUUGGUGAACUUGUUUCUGAGGUUACAGCUCCUCCCCUUUUACCUAGCAUUCACGGACAUGUCUCUGACGCCCAUAUUAGGAUUGGUGAGCUUGUUUCAGAGGUAAUGGCACCAAUCCCUUCCCCUAAUGUACAUGGCCAUGCCUCUGAUGCCCAUAUUAGGAUCGGUGAGCUUGUUUCUGAGGUAAUUGCACCCACCCCCUCCCCUAAUGUACAUGGCCACGCCUCUGACUCCCAUUUUAAAGUCGGUGAGUUUGUCUCAGACGUCACCUCCUCUCGCCCUCGUUGGAACCCUCAUGGUCACUCCUCAGACUGCACUCUGAAAGUGGGCUGUGUGAUGCCGGACACUGCACCCACCCGUUCCCCGUUACCGGGCAGUGCUUACGGUCACUCCUCAGAAUCUAGUCUGGGUAUAGGGUGUGUUGUUGCAGGUACUGAGCAGCCCAGCCCCAGUCUGCUGGCUAAUGUCCACGGUCACAGCUCAGACUCCACGCUAAAAGUCGGUUGUGUUGUGUCUGGUUCCGACCCCCUGCCGUCCCCCCUUCCCGGGAGUUCUUACGGACACUCUUCAGACUCUGCACUGGGGGUAGGAUGUGUAGUUAAAGGAGAAGAACCACCUAAACAUCCUCCUCUCCCAGGAAGUGCUCACGGACAUUCCUCUGACUCUGCACUGGGCAUGGGCUGUGUGGUUCGCGGGGUCAUGCCUGGAAGCUCAUAUGGCGAGCUCUUUCUGAGAGGGUUAGACCUGCCCACAGGGGAGGGCACAGAGAUACAAGGCUCAACAGCCGGACCCCCCACUCAGCUGCUCUCUCUGGACGAGGGUCUUGCUGCCUGGGCUCAGGGGCUGGGUCUGUCUCCUGGCGAGAGUCCUGAAGAUGACUACCUCCUCAAUCUGGCCUCUCAGUACCAGGCUGAACAGUAUGAGGAUUCUUACAGUCUAAUGAUGGCAGCUCCUGAUGCACAGCUCCUGCAGCAAGUAACACGUGGUCCAAAUGGUCUGCCAGUGGACGCCUCCUUGAACGGCGCCACAGACUCUACAACCGUUCAGCUCAGCGAGAUGAUGCCUCUCCCUGUUCUCAUGAAACACUCUGUCACAACCCCACUCAUUACACACUUGUCUAUGGUGAAUAAGGCAGUGGUGGAUUACUUCUUUGUGGAGCUGCGAGUGGAGAAGCACUUUGAGGCUUUGAGGCACUUCUUGCUGAUGGAGGACGGCGAGUUUGCGCUCUCGCUCACUGACCGGCUCUUUGAAAAACUGGGCAGCGGUCAGACCCCCGGUGAGCUGUUGACUCCUCUGGUGUUGAACUCCAUUCUGAACAAGGCCAUGCAGUACAGUCUCCAUGGCGACAGCGAGCUGGCCGCUAACUUCACGUUUGCGCUGCGCUACCUGCCCGAGGUUUUCCACCCGCACGCCCCCGACUCACUCAACUGCCUGGAGCUCCGCUACAAGGUGGACUGGCCAUUAAAUAUAAUAAUAACGGAUAGUUGUAUGAAUAAGUACAACCGGCUCUUCUCCUUCCUGCUGCAGCUCAAACACAUGGUGUGGUCUCUCAGUGAUGUCUGGUUUCAUCUCAAACGGACAGCUCUGGUGAAGGGAGCGGGCCGGUCGGUGCAGUUUCGUCAGCUGCAGCUUUACAGGCACGAGAUGCAGCACUUUGUGAAAGUGAUUCAGGGCUACAUCGCUAACCAGAUCCUGCAGGUGUCCUGGAGUGAGUUCACUCAGAAACUCAGCAGCGCCUGCGACCUCGACACCAUCCACCGUACCCACGCCGAGUACCUCAACAGGGCCAUCUUCAGAGCUCUGCUGACUGAAAAAGCUGCUCCAGUGAUGAACAUCAUCCACAGCAUCUUCAGUCUCAUCCUGAAGUUCCGUGGGCAGCUGAUUGCACAGUCCUGGGAGAGCCAGCAGGGGGAGACAGUUCACCCCAGCUUCAUCGCCAUGCAGCAGUCUUACAACACCUUCAAAUACUACUCUCGCUUCCUGUUCAAAGUGGUCUCCAAGCUGGUGGAUAAAGGAUACCAGCCACAUUUAGAAGACUUUCUUCUGCGCAUCAACUUUAACAAUUACUACAAAGACUCGUGACAGGUUCUGUCUGUCUGUCUGCAUGUCGGUCUGUCUGUGUGAAGUGCUCAUGAACUUGGCUUUUUUUUCUUUAGCUGCUUUGGCCCCAUGUUGCCAUCGGUAAGUUGAGUGUGUAAAUAUGAUGUGCUUUUAUGCAGUUCAUGGUGUUGCUCUUGGAAAUGUUGCAGCUAUUUUUUUUUCACCAGGUUGUGUGUGUUUAGUGUGAGAGCUACAAAAGUAACAAAGUUAAUGGUCACAUAACGUCUGGACAGUCUUAUAUCUGUGGUCUUCAGCCCUUCUCCUGAAGAGCUACGUUCCUGCAGAUUUCUGCUCCAAAACAGGGGGUUUUUGCCUGUUUUUUGCCUCACAUCCGCACAGAAAUAAUAACAGAAAAUGUGAUUUUAAUAAACACUUUUAGUAUUGUUGUGUGGACAGGGAACACUGAGCUUAAAGGAGAAAUUCAGUGUGAAAUGAACUUUAGUGUAAUGUAUAUUGAAACAUGAUGGAGUAUAAACUUUUAUUAAGUAGUCCACCUACCUUCACCCUCAGCAUUCCAAAAUACAGCACUUUUAGAUGAUGCUCCCAACAGGCUUACAAUGCUAGAGAUGGGGGCAUAGAGACUGACGAGCACAAACAAAUAGGUAAGAUAGGGGAAUAAACUGCAAAAGGAAUUAUUACAGCUGUUGCUGUAAAUAUUAAUGUAUAAUAUUCAUGCAUUUCCACAGAAUUAGAUUUGCAAUCUGUUCCUCUAUCCUACAUAUUAAUUCAUGCUCGUCAUUCCAUUUAUCAUAAGUUCAUUUCAAGAUGGCAAUGCCCCGAGAAUUACCUGGAGGUAUCGUGUGUAUAAACAGUGUUUUAAUAAACUAUCUGUGCAUUUCCAAAGCUCUAAGUUCCUCGUUUUAAAUGUCAGGCCCCUCAGAAUUCUACCAAUGAAAUGUGGAGCUACUUUGAGCUCAUGAAUAGUGUAGAAAUAUACAUUUAUUUGCAUGGGCAACUCUAUUCCACUAUCUCUAGCAUUGUAAGCCUGUUGGGAACAUCAGCUUAAAGUGCUGGAUUUAGGAAUGCUGGGGUAGAGGAAGUGAGUUAUUCCACAAAAAAGUUUGUACUUAUCUUGUUUCACUACAACCCAAGUCCAUUUCACACUGGAUUUCUCCUUUAAUUAAAACCUUGACAUCACUACAUGUGCGUGUUACUGGCUGACUCUCAAAUACAGUAUUUUUGUCUGUGUGGGGACUGGAUUAUCUAAAACAAAUCCAGAUAUGUGUGGACACGGCCUAACACUCCCUAUUCUGAUAAUUACAGCAGUAAUUAGUGAUUGGAUCCGAUGAGAUGGAUGAGGGUUGGAUCCAAAAUCUGCAGGAAGGGUUCUCUUCUGGAGUAGAGUUGAAGAAAAUGAAGAUUCAGGUAUUCUAAACAAGCUUGGGUUCCUUCUUAAGCUGCUCUGAUACAGUGUUUUUUAUUUAAGCUGUUUGUAGAGACAACUAUUUAUUUCUGAGCAGUAUCUUAAACCUUAGUUGUGAAAUCAACAUUAUGAUCUGUCCACAUGCACUCUGGCCUGUUUUGUUACUGUGUUGUUUUAUGUAAAUGUAAAUAAAAAUCUGAUUCCUCA